GUGAAAAAGGUCUAUUUAGGGUGUUCAAAUGGGAGCAUGAGAGAAAAGAAAAAAAGUUGGGAACCAGAGAAGAGACACACAAUCUCGGUGGAUUAUUUUAAUUUCCAAUUUUGAGUCUUGUGACACAUCGCCAGGGGGCGCUUGGGGUCUGUCUUGACGCUGCACACUGAAGACGCCGUAGAAGAAGAGUUAGUAUAGUAAACACAAGGAUAUGGCUGACGAGAGGGCUGGAGGUGAAGACAACAUUAACGACAACAUGGGGAACCAGUUACAGCUUUUACCAGACAACGAGGAAGAGGAGGAGGAAGAUAACAUGGAGACUGAAGACCGAGACAGUGAGGUAGCAGAGAAGCCCACCCUCAUCACCUUUGACCCCAGUCUUCCCACAUCACAUUCUUACCUGGGUUCAGACAUGGAGGAGUUUCACGGCCGUACAGUCCACGAUGAAGACAGCUGUCAGACCAUCCCUGUGCUGCCACACACAGCUGUGAUGCUGGUGCCAGGCCAGACGCUGCCUCUGCAGCUCUUCAGGCCGCAGGAGGUCAGUAUGAUGCGGAGCAUCAUCCAGAGAGACCGCACCUUUGCUGUGCUCGCACACAGCAAUGACACGGGUGAGCCGGAUGCAGAGUUUGGGACAACAGCGGAAAUCUAUGCUUACCGAGAAGAGCAGGAAUAUGGCAUUGAAACUGUCAAAGUGAAAGCUGUGGGGAGGCAGAGAUUCAAGGUCCAUGAGAUAAGAACUCAGGCAGACGGGAUCAGACAAGCCAAAGUACAGAUCCUUCCAGAACGAAUCCUUCCAGAUCCUCUCUCUGCCGUGCAGCUAACACCCCUCUCCAGGCUCCACAUGCACCCCUCCUCCAAACCCCCAACUCAGAGCUGCAAACAGGCCCAGCACUGGUGGAAUAACUACCAACAGAGGAAGUUUCACUGUGCCAGUCUGACGCCAUGGCCACCCUGGGUCUACGCUCUCUACGACUCUGAGUCGCUAAUGAACAGAGUGAAGAAACAGCUCCAUGAAUGGGACGAGAAUCUGAAGGAUGACUCUCUCCCGACGAACGCCGUAGACUUCUCCUACAGAGUGGCAGCCUGUCUGCCCAUAGAUGACGCUCUGCGGCUCCAGCUGCUGAAGAUCGGCAGUGCCAUUCAGAGACUUCGCUGUGAACUGGACAUCAUGGACCGGGUAAGGAAAGAUAUCCCACCUGCCUCUUCCUGCAGCUUGUCUCUGUACGGCCCCAUGGCUGCAUACGUCAACCCUCACGGUUACGUCCAUGAAACCCUGACUGUCUACAAAGCAAACAACCUCAACCUGGUCGGCAGGCCAUCCACACUGCACAGCUGGUUUCCAGGGUACGCCUGGACAAUUGCUCAGUGCCGAACCUGCGGGUCUCAUAUGGGUUGGAAGUUCACAGCCACCAAGAAGGACUUGACUCCAGCUCGUUUCUGGGGUCUGACCCGUUCAGCUAUGCUCCCUCGUAUCCCCCAGGACAAGGGGGAGGAGGGGAGACAGGGCUCCCGCCUCUUCUGCCUGUGAAGUUGAACUAUUAUUUAUCGUAAAAAAAAAACAACAACAAAAAAACUGCUAACCCCCCAAGCCUGGAUGUUCAUGCACUCUCUGGCUGCGAUUAUCUCUAGUAAUCAAUGCAUCACACAGCGCCUGUCACCCUUAGCAGUAAAUCCAUCAUAUUAGUGGAAAGGUCAGUAGGCCUUUAAAUGGCGCUCCUAGAGCAAAUUAGAACGGAAUAGAGGUAGUGAUUGUUCUUAAAGGUUUUUGAGAUGUAAAAGCAGCAGUGAGACAACUAAGUGCAUUGUGAGAAAGUGAUGAAGAAAUAGAGAAUAACAGAUUGAACAGAUUGUUUCCAUGACAGGGCUGACCUGCACCCUCGGUAGCUGCAGACACACAAACACAAAAGCUAUGCUUAAUGCAUAAUUUCCCUUCAACUCCUUUCCUCUGUAUGAUGGAGAGUUUCAUUGCAUGCAGCUGAGAUAGCAAUAUUGUUGGUCACAUACUUUAAUCUGUUGUAAAACCAACCAGUUAAUAUGAAUUAUCUUAGCAUUCAGAUCCUUUUGUGGGUUUCUCAGAUAUGUUUUUCUCAUUUCAGCUGCCGUAAGGUAAGUGGAGGGAAUGAAAGGGCACUUGUGUGUAGAUCUGUUACUAUAGGGGAUAUUUUGAAUCUUGGAAUUAGAUGUAUUUUUGUAUGCAGAAAGAUUGAAAAGUAAUUUAACAUAGUCAUCCAUGUGUGCUUUUUAUUAUCACAUCAGUUUUUUUAUGCAAUAAACAAAAACUGAGGUGACAAUAACCACAAUGUGUAAUAUACUGGUGUAUAUUGAUAUGUGCUAUAACUGGUGUCGGUUUUGUAUUCAACGAAGGUUCAUUGUCCUGCCAGAUGAUGUGCUUCAAAAAACAAACAAGUGGAAAUUAGAGAUGUCCUGGUGUCUAAUGGAGGACUGUUUUUUUUUUUCUAUAAAGGUUCAAGCUAAUUAACACACAGAGCGAGAGAAUCUUUUACACAUCUUCUUUUAGUUUGUUCAUGUGUGGCAUGUUAAAAUGGUGUGCCUACACCCCAGCUCAGUGUCUUUUGAUGAGUUUGAUGAAUUAGUGAACCACAGAUGUCAAUAAAAAGGUUGUAAGUGAUGAAGAGAUAAGAUUUACAUAAUUCAACGUUUUUUUUUGUGGUUUGUACUUUCGCAGUUUUCUGGAUUUUACUUCUUGCGAUUUUGUUGCAAGGUGCUGGCUCUUGUUUGUAUAAAUGUAGCUGUAAAUAAGAGGCAGUUAUAGCAUUUUUUGUGCAAUAUAAAUGGUGUUAUACUGUUUGUAAGGCUGACUCUUAUCUCGCAUAUAUCUUCAUGUCACAGGGAAUUGUUUCAAAAUAAUCUUUUCAUUAGUAAGUCAUUAAUCGCAAUAAGAAAUCCUCUAGAUUGUGAAGAGGUUUUGUUGAAUUAAAUGUUUGGAUAUUUUCUUGAAGGAAGAAGAUUUAUACUACUCUCUCAUGUCUGUAGGAUAAAUAUUUAGCUACCACCAGCAGCUGGUUAGCUUAGCAUAGAACACUGACUGGAAACAGAUAAACAGCUAGCCUGGUUCUGUCCAAAGGUAACACAAUUUACCUACAAGCACCAUUACAUUUUAUUAAUCACAUAUCUUGUUUGUUUAAUUCAUGGAAAAGCCGUGAGUUAAAAAAAAAUUGUAAGAAAGAUAAUUUGUGAUUUUACAGAGGUUAUUGGCUAUUUCCUGGAUGUGGAGAUUCCUGUUCCCAGUUUUCACUUUUUUUUUUUUUUUUUUUUUUUUAAAUUAAAUAAAUGAGGCAUUUUUAAACACCGCCAGGCUAGCUGCCUCCAUGUGUUUCCAGUCAUUAUGCUAAGCUAAGCUUACCAGCUGCUGACUGUAUCUUGAUAGCCUAUUUACCGUGCAGCUAUGAGAGUGGUAUUUUGAUCUUGACACAUAGGCUUAAUCCUCGGCAUUAAAGCAAAUUUGUGUAGAAAUAUGGUCAUAACUGUUCUUUAAAGGGUGAUGGUUUUUUUAUUUGAAAAUGAUUACAUGUUAUUCUUAUGGUCUAUAUAUAAGCACCAUGUCAUGGGUGUACAGUUCUGAGUUGUGUGACAUAUCACUUGAGGCAAUUUAGCAGACUUUACUCAGCUCCCCUCUGCAGCCACAAAAGGCUUUUUUCACAUAUCCAGUCAUAUUCCCCAAGACCUGGAAACAGACUUUAAUAUGUCAAAUCGGUGGAGUUCCCCUUUAAGAAUCAGAAAAUGUAAACUUCCUCAGAAAUGUGACGCAUUUAUUUUGAUUACAUUCACAUUUUAAAACUUAGACUUCUUAUCAUAUCAUUUUAAAACAAAGGUUUUCACCCUGAAAAUACCAGGUAAAAAUCUUAAAUCGCGUGUUACGCCUAUUUAAAUUCUGUCAUGUCGCUGAUUCAGUGUUCGCAGGCUGUCAGACUUUCAUUCACCCCCAACAAUAAAAUAGAUAGCCUACUUCACUGAAGAAAUCGAUGGCAUUGUUCUGAAAACAGCUUUUUCUUGUUUUUUUCAUUGAUAUUCAGUGUACCACAAAGUAAAAUAAACAUGCAGUUAUCCUGUGA